CCGGAUAAGCGGUAGACGAUGGAUGGAUGGAAUUCCCUAUGUAUAAUUCUGGAGAAGUAGUUUAAUGAAUCUCUGGUUGUAGACGACAGCAGAGUUGAAUAUCUGACGGAAUGCUCUCUUGAGAACAGAAUGCAGCUGUUAUUGUCAUGUUCUUGCCUUGUCAAUAAAGUUGCGUGACAAAUAUUUUCACAGGAUGUCUUUAUCCCGGAUUCAGAGUCUGAGACUGGCAGCUGUACUGGAGGACUGUUCAGACCAGUUGGACAUACUGGGACACACCCUGACGGUGCAGAUCAGCAAGGAGCGAGACGAUGCAGCGACACAGGAGAAAGCCAGGCUGACGAAGCUGAGGAGAGACUGUCAGUACAUUUUGCAGCACGUUUCCUGGCUGCAUGUGGAGCUGGAGGAGAGGCAGAGUCUCAGUUCUCUGCUGCAGGUGGUGGAGGAAGAGGAGCAGAAGAAGAAGGCUGAGGACAUGAGAAGAGAGGCACGGAGUGAGCUGGUGCAAAUAAAAGAAACUCUACAGAGACAGAAAGAGCAGCUCCAACAGAAAAAUGAGAAACUAGAGGACAUGUCCCAGCUGGCCAAAGAUCUGUGUCAUCAGCUCAAUGAGCUGACAUCAAAGAUGGCCCACAAGAAGAAGCUUGAGGAGAGAAAUAUUGAGCUGCAGCUCCAGCAGACACAAUGGGAGAGCAGCCAGGCUGAGAAGCUGCUGGAUGACAAGCUGGAGCUGCUGCAGAGACAGCUGAAGGAGGAGAGGAGAGUUCACGAGGAGUCAGAUAAAUUCCUGCAGAAUCAACGUGAGGAGUUGCAGCAGCAGCUGCAGCAGUGGCAGCAGUGCACUAAGCAGAUGCUGCAGGAGAAGGAGCAGCAGCUCAACAAUGUGCGCUGCAAAAGAACAGUAAACUUGGACAGACUGGUGGAGAUGAAGAGGAAGUUCAGGGAGAUGGAGCAGGUGGUGAUGGAGGACAGGGAGGAGCAUGAGAGGCUGCUUCAACAGCAGGCGGAGGCCAGAGCUGCAACCAAGGUGCAGGCGUGGUGGAGAGGCUGCAUGGUCCGCCGCGGCCUCGGUAGUUUUAAAAAAGCAGAGGAAAAAAAGAAAGGCAAGAAGAAGAAGGAAGGAAAGAAGAAGAAAUGAGUUUUCUCCAACACAACUUUGAGACAUUGAAAUAUUGCAUAGAAUUCAAA